CCCGCCCCCUUCAGCCCCGGGCUCCUGCCUCCGGGACUCCGCGGGUCCCAGCGGGGGCCGGGGUCUGGCUGGCUGGAGUCGGGGGGAGGCACGUCCUUCCACCCCUCCGAGUCCGCCGCAGAGCCUCGAGCCGUGUCCCCAUCCUGGGACGUCCUCCGGCCAGGUGUCCAUUGGAUGUGCGGCCGUGGCGUCUGGAAACUGAUUUGCUGAGUCACUCGCUGCACUUCUCUCCGGGGCAGCUGUUGCAUUAAAAAGGCUUAUCGGGCCCCGCGGUUCAGGGGCCAGUGCUCGCCCAACGGUCUGCCGGGAGGAGCCCCCAUUGUGGGGCGGUGGCGGUCUGAGCCGACCCGAAUAGCUCAGUGUGUCUGCCGGGCCCGGAAGCGGGGAUCUCCCCGGCCAGACGGGCGCCCCAAGACCCACCUGCGCUGGCCGUGUGUGCGGGUGGCUCAUGGAGAGGACGGUGAAGCACUGCAGGCAGUGGGGCCCAAAUUUGGACUUUACUCUCUCUGCGUGGGGCGAGUGUCCCAAAGUGUGGAGGGAAAGGUCUGUGGCGGUGGACUGUUGGAGACCCAGGGUGGAGGCUGUCCCGGGAGCUGGGUGACAAGGCAGGCCCAGUGAGGAGAGGGACAGUGAACACGGGUUGCAGGUUCUGGAGGACACAUGCCAGCGGCAGAACUUCAACCCCAGCGAGUACGAUCUGAAGUUUCAGAGGAAUGUUCUUGACCUCUCUCUCCAGUGGAGAUUUGCCAACCUGCCCAAUAACGCCAAGCUGGAGAUGGUGCCUGUCUCCCGGAGCCGCGAGGGGCCCGAGAACAUGGUUCGCAUCGCUCUGCAGCUGGACGAUGGCUCCAGGUUGCAAGACACUUUCUGUUCAGGCCAGACGCUCUGGGAGCUUCUCAACCAUUUUGCACAGACCAGGGAGUGCCUGGAGCAGCCGAGCGAGGCGAGCCCGGUCUGUGUGUACAUGCGGGACGAGGUGACCGGCAGAGCCUCCUUGCAGAGCACGACGCUCAAGUCUCUAGGUCUCACCGGGGGCAGCGCCAUCAUCAGGUUCGCCAUGAAGCGACGCAAUCAGGAGCCUGGGGUCUCCCGGACCAAGACCCCAGGGAGCCCGGCCCCCUCCCUGUCGGCCGACCAGGCCACCGGCGGCCCUCUACUCCCGCUGAAUUCGGUGGGGCUCAGCCAGGGUGACGUGAGCCAUCAGGAUGAAGUGGGCACCUCGGGGGCCAGCCGCGUGGACGCUCCAGCGAAGCAGAUCUCGAAGGAGCCCGCCCCCGCCCCCUUUGUUCCUUUCUCAGGUGGGGGACAGCGACUGGGGGGCUCGUCCGGGUCUGCCAGGUCUCUGACGUCGCCUUCAGCCAAACCGCCGAAGUCCUUCUCCAGCCCCGGAGGCCCCUCCAAGCCGAAGAAGUCGAGGCCUGGCCAGGAGCCCGGGUCAGAGCCGGAGCCGCCGGUGGAUCGGGACCCCGUGGUGUGCCACCCGGACCUGGGAGAGCUGCUCCAGGCUUGCCCUGCAGAGCUGCCGGAUGAGUUCUUCGAGGUGACCGUGGACGACGUGAGGAGGCGCCUGGCCCAGCUCAGGAGCGAGCGGAAGCGCCUGGAGGAAGCGCCCUUAGUGACCAAGGCUUUCAGGGAGGCUCAGAAGAGGCAGAAGCUGGAGCGGUACCCCAAGGUGGUCCUGAGGGUCCUGUUCCCUGACCGCUACAUCCUGCAGGGCUUUUUCCACCCUAAUGAGACAGUGGGGGAUCUGCGGGACUUCGUGAGAAGCCACCUGGGGAAUCCUGAGCUGCCGUUCUAUUUGUUCAUCACUCCUCCAAAAACCAUCCUGGAUGACCACAGGCUGACCCUCUUUCAGGCAGAUCUCUUCCCUGCUGCCCUCGUGCACUUUGGAGCUGAGGAACCAACAGGCCUCUUCCUGGAGCCCAGGCUGCUGGAACGCACCGUCUCCCCGUCUGCGGCUGACUUGCUGGUGGCCAGGUGCAUGCCCAGGGCUGCUGGGGCCCCGCCCCCGAUGCCAGCCCCUGACCCUGCACCCCGUGACUUGGAGCCAACGGCUGAGGCGGGGGCGGUGGGGCUCCCUGAAUCCCGCCCCGAGACGGCCCAGCCGGUCAAGAGGGAUCUGGGCAAGGUGCCCAAGUGGCUGAAGCUGCCAGAAAGGGACCCCACCGCGCCCUGCCUGCAGCUCCCCACCCUGGGCUCAUCGAUUCUGCAGCCGGUCUGGACCCGCGUGGACCUGGGGGAUGCCGCUUGCCGGGACCUCACUCUUGUGAACAGAGGCACAGACAGGUGUCCUCCCUGAGCCGCCGACUUGACCUCACUGACACCGUUAAUUACCCCUCCUGUGAGGACCCCAGCGGCCCCAGGCGUUCGCUGCCUGGCCGCCUGUCUGAGCGCAGUGGCCGCGGGGCACGGGCUCCCGCCAGCCUCCUCUUCGGGUCUAAUCACUUCCACAUGCUCCCGGCUCUUUGAAGCCCCUAACACUCCCUGAGGAGAGGG